AUGACCGAAUCGUGCUGCUCCCCUUGCUGCCAGCCUACGUGCUGCAGGACCACCUGCUGCAGGACCACCUGCUGCCAGCCCAGCUGCUGCGGGUGCGGCGGUGGCUGUGGACAAGGCGGCUGCGGGUCCAGCUGCUGUGGGUCCUGCUGCUGCCAGCCUUGCUGCUGCUGCCAGCCUUGCUGCUGCCGCCCAACUUGCUGCCAGACCACCUGCUGCAGGACCACCUGCUGCCGGCCCAGCUGCUGCGGCUGUGGACAAGGCGGCUGCGGGUCCAGCUGCUGUGGGUCCUGCUGCUGCCAGCCUUGCUGCUGCCGCCCAACUUGCUGCCACACCACCUGCUGCAGGACCACCUGCUGCCGGCCCAGCUGCUGUGUGUCCAGCUGCUGUCAGCCCAGCUGCUGUGGGUCCAGCGGCUGCGGACAAACUUGCUGUGGCUCCAGCUGCUGUCAGCCAGCCUGCUGUACCCCUGUGUACUGCAGGAGGACCUGCUACCACCCCACCUGUUGCUGCUUGCCUGGAUGCCUCGCCCAGGGCUGUGGAUCCAGCUGCUGCUAG